GCAACAGCUGCAGCCUUGCUGACAGCUCAUGGAAAGGACAAGGAGAUCUGAAACACUAUAGCUCUGCUCAGACCCCGGGGACCGCAAAUUCCCCCAUCAGAGGGCUCUGCCUGGCCUCCUGGGUCCCAAGUGAUCCCUCCUGCCUGAGCAGAGGCUCUGGAUGCCAGCAGUGGUUUUUUACUCACCUUUGGGACUGUUGGGUCAUUUAUUGUGUCCUGAGGCACUGCAGUCCUUUGAGGGAGGUAUUAGCUUGAAGCCACGUGGCUCGUGCUGACGGUUCCCCGGUGCCCUCACAUUUCCUUCCUAGCUUUUUGGUUGGAUGUGGGUUUAUACACGGGCUACCCAGGUAUAAGGAGGCCUGAUGGUGAUGGUGAUAAGUGUCCUCCCCUCCAGCAGGGCCAUCUUCCUUGCUAACGAGAUGACAAAGAAAAGCCUGAUGUUGCUGCUGUCCUAGGUGUCUCAAGGUGGGGAUGGCAGAACUAAGCUGGAGGUAGAGCAGCAGGGCAGUGUGAAAUGAGUCUGGAGUCAUCUCCCUGGUGAGCUCCAGAAUUUCGGCAAGGGUUCAUCCUAACUCUGGACUUUGGAGAUCUUCUUGGGGUGUCAGGAGAUCCUGUAGGCUGUUGUAGGGGAAUUAACCAGGCUAAACAAACAUCAUGGGACAGGGAUGGGGUUAUAUCAGCCACAGUGGACCCUGUGGGUUACCCUCCAGAGCAGACUCCCUGGGCAGCUGCUGCUUGCAGGAUCUGCCCUUUGUGCUGUCUGAUAGUGCCAAAGGCUUAUGUCGAACCUGGUUCCUGAGCAGAAACGCUCUCCAGGUGCUGUGUGCUCCAGCAGGUCAGGGCAGCACCCAGGAAACAGCUGUCUCUGCAAACAGGAACAACAAGAAGGAAAUAAUAUUUGUUUUAGAUGCUUGUAGGAACUAAGUAAAACCUUUGAUCUCAGGAGGGUUUCCUGUUUGUAGAGGAAAACCCUUGGGUCCCAGAAUGUGAGCAGGGAGACCGAGCAAACCCCUCCUGGGUACAGGUGGCCAACGUAACAUUUUGCGUUCUUCUUCUGUGACAACAAUGAUCUUCCAGGGGACAGAUUUCAUCCCUGGGUUGCACAAGACCCUGCAUCAAAGGAUGUCUUGGCCACAUGCACUGCUUUGGUCUGCUGGUGCCUCUGUCAGCAGAUGGUCGUGCCUUUUGGGGCUGGGGGAGAUCAGCACAGGUUUUGCCCUGGGACUCUGGGAAGUCUCUUCCCUUCUUUUUCAGGAAACUUUCAGCUGCUUCUAUAAGUGCUAAAGAAGCUGAGAGCAGUUGGUCAAGAGGAGUCGCAGGUUGCCCUGAGCCGAGCAUGAGCACCAGGGUGGCAGUGAUACCUCCAUGCCAGACACGGGUGGGACGGCAGGCGCUGCGAGGUCCUCUGCCCACCCCAGGUGCGGAGCCACCCUGCAGCACCCACUCCUCUGCCGCUUGCAGGGGCAGGACAGAAAUGCCUCUCAAGAUAACUUGGGCGCUGGGUCCUGUCAGCUGCCAAGCUGCUAUGUCCAUCUUUAGCCUGUUCUCCAGUUACCAGCCACCUCCUCCUGCUGCCUCCAAAGAUAGGCAAAGCCACCUCCCGGCGCCUGGGCUGGAAACUGCGGGGAAGCAGAGGGGGGGAUCACAGGCAGGGAUGAGAUUGAUGGGAUUUUUGUGGAAGGAGUGAAGGACACCACAAGUACACCUGAGCCAUGGCGUUGCUGUGCUACAACAAGGGCUGUGGGCAGAGGUUUGAUCCUGAGCACAAUGCCAGGGAUUCCUGCCUGUAUCACCCGGGCGUCCCCAUCUUCCAUGAUGCCCUGAAGGGCUGGUCUUGUUGCAAGAAACGUACAACAGACUUCUCCGAGUUCCUCUCCAUAAAGGGAUGCACAAAGGGGUUUCACAGCAACGAGAAGCCCCCUGAGUCUUUCAGCCAAGAGGAGACCUCAGACAAGCCAAAGGCUAAUCCAGUGGAGGAGUUUAUCAUCCAAGGACCAAAAUCAGCUGAGAAGAUGCAGCAGGAAAGACCAAGCUCCAAUGAGCCAAGACAACGGCUGCCAAUUAAAGUAUCCAGGUCUCUGGAGCAGGCACUGGAGAAACUGAACUUGUCCUCCAAGAACGAGGCACCUGAGGGCAGUUGCACAGGGGAGGCAGCUGCCCAGGUGAGAGCUGGCACCACCUGCAAGAAUGCAGCCUGCAAGGCGAUAUACCAGGGUCCGGAGAGCAACACAGAGGUUUGUACUUUCCAUCCUGGUGUUCCUGUCUUCCAUGAGGGGAUGAAGUACUGGAGCUGCUGUGGAGUCAAAACAACAGAUUUCAGUGCCUUCCUGGAGCAGCUGGGCUGCAGCAGCGGGCAGCACUGCUGGAUGGGGAAAGGGGACAAGAAGGCGGUGUCAUGCCGGCAGGACUGGCACCAAACCAGCAGCCAGGUGGUGGUGACGGUCUAUGCCAAGAACCCCCUGCCUGCCCUUAGCAGUGUGAAAGCCAACCGCACUGUGCUUGAAGUUCAUAUCAUCUUUGAAGGGAAUAAGAUUUUCCAGGCAGAACUGGAUCUCUGGGGGGUCAUUGAAAUAGAGAAGAGCUUUGUGAGCAUGGUCCCUACCAAGGUGGAGAUCAUGCUUUGCAAAGCCAGCCCUGGCUCCUGGGCCAGGCUGGAGCUUCCCCAAAGCAGGUCACACUCCUAUGGCGAGCAGAAGGAGGCUGCCAAUGCAGAGGAGCCCAGGGCAGUGCAGGGGGAGGACUCGGAUGACAGCUUGAGCUGGUCGGAGGAGGAAGACGAGGAGCUGGAGACGGGAACACCAAGCAACUGACAGUCAAGUGCUUCAGCAGCUGAGCAGUGCUGGCUCCUGAGCUGCCAGGGACCUUGGCACCAGCUCUAGAGGAGCAGGCCCAGCCCAGAGCUGUGUGCAGACUGCAGCAUGCCCUCUCCCCUGGUCAGAAGGGGCAAGUAAUAAAAACCCAGAGCAAAGGUUA